UUUUUUUUUACGCAAAUAAAUACGCAAAUAUGGUUCACUCAACAGUCAGAAAAUACGUAAUGGUGCGUGGUCAAUUUAUUGAAUGGGAAGACUUUAAAACUGAAAAUAUAUGGGCACAAACAGCAAAUGUUAGCGACCUGCCUGACAAUUGUGUUUCUAUCUAUUAUUCCGUUGAUAUGGAACGACACAUUAUCAAGGAAAGAUUAUGCAUGGUCACCUACUCUCCCAAAUACCAGCCCGAUUUUAAGAAAAUUAGCGUGGCAUGGGUGAGUGAAUACUUUUCGGUAGAGCCAGCAGAUUUGUUUCAGUUAGAUAACCCUGAAGAUUCAAUCAUCAAGCCGGGUGGAGAGAUUUUUUGCUUGAUCAAUGGUCAGGGCACAGCGGUUGGUACAGUAGCAAUGAUCGUUGAAGCGGAUGGUGAUGCUGAAUUAGGAAAGAUGGGUGUUUUAAAAGAUUAUAACGGAAAAGGGUAUGCACAUCCUCUUAUGCAUGAAGCUAUACUUUGGGCGAAGAGUAAACACUUCCCUGCCGUGAACUUGCAUACAGCACGUAAGCUGACGCCUGCUGUAACGCUUUAUCAGAAGUAUGGAUUCAAAGAAAUUCCUUUCCGUGACCAUAGCCAUUUUGCAAGAGUUGAUUUAGUUAUGCAACUAAAAUUGUAAUUUUUAAUUUAUUUAAUUGAAUUUGGAUAAUCAAUAAAGGUUUAUGCUCGUA